GAGGAAUGAACGAUCUGUAGCAUUUGCAGGUGGCAAAGAAGCAAAGAAUGGAAAUGAGAUUUGAACUGCCCUUGUGGAGAGGUUGAAGGAAACCCCCAGGGGCUUAAUGGAAGAAUGAGAGUCUCUUGAUUAGUACGAACUUCAUAUCAGCCAUGUUUCUUUGCCAGUGGGGUGGGGGAAAGCAGGGUGAGAUACAUUGUUUUUUCCACUGCUCAAUGCACAAAGAAGCUGGUGAAUCUCUUUCCCAUAGAUUUAUUUCAUGUCGUCGGCAGAAGCGCCAAAUGCCUUUUCCUGGACUGUACCAUCUUUCUUGAAGAAGAGUAGGGAGAGGGUUGUAAACUUCCCUGCACAUUGAAAAACAGCAGGUUGACAGGUUAGGUCAAACCCAUCUUCCCAUUUGUGUGUGUGUGUGUGUGUGUGUGUGUGUGUGUGUGUGUGUGUGUGUAGUUCUACAAGAAGUAUGUUUAACAUGCUUUGCAAGCCAGGGUGCAGUCAGGUAAGGAGAAGUGGGUUUCUUUUUAUUUUCUAUUUCCUAUAAAAAUAGAUGCCCCUCCAAUCUCACAUCAUAUAUAGAUGGGGCACAUAUCUGGAUAAAAUGCACAGGCCUCACUGCAUCCAGCUUGGCAUGUAGAUGUCAUUCGUUCUUUUAUGUAUGGGAAGGCUCCCCACCAUCAGAAAAGCAUUGACAUGUGCAAAUUGCGCACACACCCCUGCAGCCUGAAAUGGUACAGCCCAGAAAAGGCUUCACCACUUGAUUCUACUGAGCAUAUAAAACUUGUCCUCUGGUAUAUGUGCAUACAAGGCCCCUUCUGUACUUGGGAGAGAACUUAGGAGUUGCACAUUUCUCAGUGCAAGUUCUGGGGUGUCUUGCAGUUGGAUCUGGUACAGACUAAGGAUUGGCGAAGUCUUAGAGGCCCCCGACGUCUGGCUGAUAUCUCCAGAGCUUCUGAAUGCGACAGAUUUACCAAGAAGAUGUGCCUUCUCUUCCUCCCCCAAAUGUCAUAUUUUAGUGCACCUGCCCUUCGACUUCCUGCUGGCGGCUGUGGUGCUUCCUUCCUGCCUAAGCAAUCAAACAGCAGCACCGCCUCAGCGACAGCAGAGAAAAGAAGGCUCCAUCCAGGCGUGAACUGGGAACCCCAGAUGUGAGUUUUCACUGAUGUGAGUGAGGAAGAGGAGGAGGUGGAGGCAGUGGUGGUGCAGGAGGAGUACUUAGGUGCUGACCCUUGUCCUGGCAAUGCCAUAUUCUAGGUGGUUGGGUUCUGGUCCCUGGGUCCCAUGGCAGAAGGAGCUGAGUUCCAGCUUCUGGAAUUGUGCAGGGGGCACAAAGAGGCAGGAAUGGCAGUGCAAAUGGCUGGGCUGAGGGGGGGUGGGAUUCUGGGGGGAGACGGAAAAGACUUUUUCACGUGGGUGUUAGUUUGGAGUCUGACUUUUUUCCUCCCAAGCGUCCCAGUGAGUGUAGCGUAACCAGUGACCGGGACCACCGACUCAAGUUUGUAAAAAUUCAGUUUUGACACUGCAAAAUAUAGAAAUAAUUGAGAAUUGAAAACGAUGUGUUGGAGGUGGUGUAGUCAUACACCAGUAAACUGUUUAGUUCACUUUGGCUAUAAUCUUGGGUCCAUGGCCCUUGUUGCUAGCUAGGCUGUGCCCAUUGCCCCACCAGGGUGCGUAGGAAUGCAAAUUCAAACCCAGAUGAACAGCGGGAAGCAAUAAAUUGUUUUUCUUCAUUGCGCAAAGUGCUUCUUUUCCUGCUCUGUGCCUCCCCCACCCCCUGUUCUGAUCACAAUCUUUUUUCUGUCUUGCUACUGCAUUCACUCCCUCCCUCCCUCCGUUUUAUCCAUCUCUGAAACUGGGUUCGCUUUGAAGGGUGUGGGGCAUAAUAAACGAGUAACGCUACAUAGAAGAGGGCGAAAGAAAUAGGACAGACGCAUCCACAUAACAACCUCCCUCAAAUUUUGGCCUGGCACCCUCCGCCCCCAACCAACUUUCCCACCCCUUCGUUUUGCCAUUUUCCUCCAGUUCCCUCCAACAAGCCAGUUUCCACCCAGUAACGGAACUCGUGGUUUGUGGUCACUUUGGCUUGUUGCCAGUGCUCCAAUCAAGGGAGUAGAAGUGGGGAGACCAUGUGUGUGUGUGUGUGUGUGUGUGUGUGUGUGUGUGUGUGUGUGUGUAUGGAGAGAGUUUGGCAUUAUUCAGAGGUGUCAAACCAUAGGUUUAUCGCAGGCCCCAUCCCUUUCCCUGCCCCCUCCCACCUACUGAAUCAUGAGUGGCGCCUAGAAGGUCUCUGCUAACUUCUCUUCUCCCCCUCCGCCAAGCAAGACAUUGCAGCCUUGCAGCUGCAGAGUUGCAGCUGCAAAUUCCCUCCUACGGCACCCACAACACAGAGCGAGGCUUUUUGCACUGGCGCCCAAAUCCGGCUGUGGGUUGCUGUCACUGGCGUGAGUCACCCUUGCUCCCACGGCUGUUCCCACACACUUUUUUUCUAUGCUGGGGGAGGGGCACAUCAAAGAACCUUCACUUACAACCUCGGGGUUCUGGAACAGGUUUUCUCUGUAGGAAAUGUGGCAUGGAAUGUAGUAUCUGGUAAAACAUUUGGAUGGUUGUGUGUGGAGGUUUUUAUUAACAACAUUUAUACCCCAAAUAGGAGCCGCAGAGGCAGCUGCUUUAGACUGAAUCAGACUAUUGGUCCAUCUUGCCCAUUACUGUCAACACUGACUGGCAGCAGCUCCCCAGGGUUUGUUUCCCAGCCCUACCUGGAGAUGCCUGGGAUUAAACUUGGAACUUUCUGCAUGCAAAGCAGAUUCUCCAUCACUGAGAUAGAGUCGUACCUUGGAAGUUGAACGGAAUCCAUUCUGGAAGUCUGUUUGACUUCCGAAAUGUUCAAAAACCAAAGCGUGGCUUCUGAUUGGCUGCAGGAAGGGUCUCAUUCCUGCCAGCAACUGUGCUGCACUAACCGAAGUUUGCAGGUUCAGUUCAAGGGAAGCCCCACAUAAAGUGCAUUGCAGUAAUCCAAUCUUGAAGUCACCAGUGCCUGAAUUACUGUAAAUUCUCCUAGACCAGGAAUGAUCAAAGCACAUUUUGUACCAUGUGCAGCUGGCAAAAGCCACUUCUAGUGUCUCAGGACAUGCCAACACCCAAGUAUAGAAGUGUCAGCUCUAUGAUGUUGUUUCAUUCACAACUGAGCUGUCUCCACUAUACCUCCUAACCCAGCAAUUUAAUCCACUUAAGUUUCUAGUCCACAGCAAUCUUUUUAGUUGGAGUACCUUGACAAAACCUAUGUCCAUUUUUAAAUUAUUUUGUUUACAUCUGUCUCUCUUCCCUGGUGCUCAAGGAGGCGUGGGGAGGGUUCCUAGACCCAGGCCAGUUUGGCUUCAACACAGUGGCUGCCUCAGGUGCCUACAGACUAGGGGUGGGGGAGAAAUCCAAUUCAGUUGGCUUUUCUCUGUUGGCAUUAAGUGAACCUACCUAAUCCACACUUACUGAAGCUGUACAUGAACUGAAACAAAGCCAUCUUUUGAAAUUCGCACUCUUCUGAAUUUUGCAAUGCAAUUCUCUAACCAAGCAGUGCAUAACAAAAUGUGUAUACUGGGGUAAUGUUUGCAUUUAAAAGGCAUGUACAAGGGAAAAGGCAUUGUAUAUGGGGAAACUGCAUUGCAAAACUAUGUGUAUUUAGGGAAAUGAGUGAGAUCUCCACACACAAACAUACACUGCUCCUUUCAGGCAGCUGGGGAUGGCAAAACCCUAUCAAUUUGGGUUUCUCUCUUUUUCUCAUUUUUAGUCUUAUGUUCAGUUCUCCACAUUAAUUUGCAAUUUUUUUUAAAAAAAAGCCUCAAGAAAAUUGAUUUGAGUGCAAAUGUCUCCUAAUAGACACAUCUGAAAGCAAUUCUGUUAGCUAACUUCCCUAUCUAUUCCCCGUCGUGGUCACUUUUGCGGCAAACCAUGAUGCUGUUGUCUGUCUGUUGUCUCUUGCUCAACUCCAGAAUGUGUAUACCUGCCUUGACUUUGUGAAUUAGCAUCCUGCUGAAAGGUACUGUGGAUCAUAGCCUAGAACCCCAUUUGUAUCUCCAAGCUUGUAUUGAAUUUGGGGGAUCCCUUCUUUCUAAAGCCGCCUUGACCCACCCACCUCAACCAUUUUCUUUUGGCCCAGCAUCUUGGAGAUUUCUUGUGCACCCUGCUGCUGCAUGCAGUUAAGCGGCCUGUCAAUUGGGUUAUUUUCACAGGACCACUGCUCGCUCUGUUGUGCUCCCUCCUGUUCUCGCCUCCCUGGCUGAUAUGUGGUGAUCUCUGUGGUCUAUCAGUAACGAUGGGAUUAGCACAUGCAUUUGAAAGAGAGUUCUCUCUGCACUAUUGAUUGCCUUCCAGCUGCAAAUCAUAAGGGAACAAGGUUGCGUAAGGCUCAGUAUAUCUCUGUGCACACAGGGCAAUGGUGAGGCCCUAUAGGCCAUGUUGUUCCGCCCUGAGUGAACAGAGUAUUCAGCCUAGCCCUAGAAUGUUUCCCUAGAGCCAACCUACCCACAGAGUCAAACAGCAACUCUUUGGGACUCAAAUCCCCCAGAACGCAGGCUGAUGCAGAGGAAGGGGGCAGCCAAGGUCUCGGAGGGCUAAGCCAGCUGGGGAGCCCUGAAAGACUUAAGCUGUCAUGCAGAAAACGCCCUGGGCCUCUCAGCCGACCAAGGACUCCCGCCCCGGCCUCAGACAAGCUAUGCAGGCCUGCUGGGGCACCUGCCUAAGCUAUAUAAGUAUCAUGAAGAUAACUUUUUGCUACAAUUUUGGGAGUUCUCUCCCCCUCUUUUUUUCUUUGCUUCCACAGACGGAUGCCAGCCAUUGGCUAAACUGGGAUUCUUAUAUCUGUUUAUACCCUAGGAGUUUGGGAUAAGUCGUUAGUCUAGCUAGAGCAGAACACAGUGCACAAGACUAUCAGUGAGUUGCUUACUGAAAUGCCAAAAUGAAAUUUAGACUGUAUAAAUUUGCAGAGCAUUCACUGAGACAACAUGAUGCGCUACUCAAAUUUUUUUAAAAAAUGAGGGAGGGCUUUUAAAUUUGACCAAGGCAGAAAAAAAGCCUUGCGCUUUCCUUUGUGAUUUGCCAGCGCUUCAUUGGCAGAUUGGGCAAUAAUUAUUGGCAGGCAAGUGGAAGGCUGUAAAAAGGAUUCCGUGAUAGGAAAUUUGAAGAGCAUUAUUGUAGUGCAGGCCUGGCAAACUUUGCGUUUUUUUAGAAUCUACUUUGGAUUUUUGCUAGAACCCCACAGUUCACUGGCCAGAGGCGGACACAAAACAGUAGCUUGGGUCAGAGUCAGACACAAAAUAGUGGCCAGUGGGGUGGAGCCAGUUAUUUCUUGAACCCCAUGAGCCACACAUAUAUAUGAACAUAUAUGAAUAAAAAUUAGCACGUGGCUGUAGAACGGGGAUUCUAACAACCUAAAUUUGGAGGGGGGAAUCUUUUUGUUAACUGUUGUCUGGAGUGAAAAACACUUGCCAAUCUAUUGCCAAUCAUUCCAUGGUCUACCAGUUGAGACGUCCACACCUGCUAAGGCUUUGGCCUGAAGAACAGCAACCAAGACGCUCCUUCCUCUACCUGUUGGAUACUGAAUGGUCAAGUUCCCAUUCAGGAAGAGAGAACAAAUGCCUCUCUGCUGCCCUGUCUCCUAACAUUCCAGCAUUCAUCGGGCCUAGCGAAGGGGCUGCUACCACAUCACAAUGUGGCAUGGAUGACAUCUUCUGGGUGCUGGCAUUUACUGUCCCACUUCUGGCGAUUCUACUUGUGCUUUGCAUUGACUGCCAGGACCCUGAAUUAGACACACCAUCUGUUGAUGAUUACCAGUACAAACCUUCAACUAGUGCACGGAGUAAAACCUUCAACAUACGACGUCCUCCCUCCCCACCUUGGCCUGCCGUUUCAUCCCAACCAGACGUGUGGAGCAGAUGCCCCCCAUGCAGUAUUUCCUAUCCAGUACCAUCAUACAAAGUUGAAAGGGAUAAUGAAAGCAUUCCCAGUUAUGAAAACCAAGGUGAAGUACAAGCUGGUGCCACUGAUGAUGAAGAUAAUGAUGACAACUAUGUCCCUCCAUACAUUGAUGUGCUGCCAGAUGCACCACUUACAGAUCAAGGCAAUGAAGACGGUGCUUCCACAGAUUCCCUAGGGGGGCAGUAUGAGAAUGUGCUUGAGUGUGAGCGGAAUUCGCCCGGUGAAUAUGUCAACGUACUAGAACCAGAAGCUACCAUCCUGGGUCCUUGUUUUGUUGGCAGUGGCACCAGUGAUCGGGAAAGUGAAGAUGACACUCCGGACUAUGAGAAUGUCUGAGGUUGAAAGGUUCAUUUGCCGGUUGCUCCAGUCACCUAUAUGCAGGAUUCAUUACCUUGUUGACCUAAGGACACUGUCUUCCCAGUCAUCUUCAAAUAUUGCCGUAACUUAUUGCCCUCCUUUGCACUUUGGCUGACACAUCCUGAGAUUUUUCCACAAUACUAUAGAAUCUUGGUAGCAAGAUUCAGAAGCUUGACUGUCCAUGUGGAACUGGUCUUCUAACACUUCCUCCCCACAAAGCCCGCAAAGCAUUCUGGGUUGUUUAUGUCUCUUGGCUAAAUAAAGAACUGGUAAUUCCAUCAUUGUUGUACUUGAAAGGGAAUGGGUGCAGGAUUAUGGAUGGGGAGAGAUGCCUAGAAGGGUCUGAACAGAGUCUGCAGGGGUCAGGUGAACAGAUAAGUCUUGGCAAUCGCUAAACAGUGCACUGGGAUCCUAACUUUGGUUUCUACUUCAACUGAAAUGAACCUUAGCGGUUCCUCGCUUCCUUGAGCACUUCAGCCUGCAUUCAGUUACUUGGGAUGACAGAGUAUUAGAGACAAUUCCCAACAGUUUACUCUUGCUUCCUCGACUUGGGGUGCUUGCACAAAAGGCUUUUUAUGUGGACUCACUGUGCUUCAUCCACUCUUAUUUAUGCUCCAUCUUUCAGUUUUCAAAAGCGUGGCACCUGGGCUAUGGUUGCCAGAUUUUUUUCAAUAAAUCCGAGGGCACUUUUUUCUUUUCUUUUUUUGAAGCUGAGUAGCAACAGGGAGUCAGUAGUGGGGAUGGUGAGGAAAAGACCCUGGGCCCAAGCACACAUGCAUAUUGUAUAAACGAGCAAAGCCCAUCUUUCGCACCCUGUGAAACAUAAAUGCGCAGAGUUUUUAAAAAACUGGGCAAUGGCUGCCCGCCCUGCAGCUCCCGAGCCUCCCCCGUUCUGUCAAAACAAAGGGGGAAGAGGGCAGGGGCAGGCUCGGGAGUCAUGGGUGGGCAGUGUGCCGUUGCCGAGUUUUUAAAAAAACUGCGCAUUUAUGUUUCACAGGGUGCGAAAGAAGGGAUUUGCACCUUGCCCGGCAGAGAAACCACGUGCCUUGCGCCCCUCCUGGGCAACAGCCACCUGCCUGCAACUCCCGAGCCUCCCCCAUCAGUCAAAACAAAGGGGGAAGGGGGCAGGAGAGCUGUACCGCCAGACAUCCCUGGUUCGCCUUCGGCAGUGGCAGUGGCAGCCAACAGCCCGCAGCCAGCCAGAGCCAACUGCGCUACCAGGCUGGCUCUGGGCUGCUGAGGUUGCCGCUGCCACGUUUCCCGGGGACAGAUUUGCAAAUCUGGGGACAUUCCGGGGACGGAAUUUGUCCGGGGACAGAUUUGCAAAUCUGUGGACUGUCGCCGGAAACGGGGGGUGUCUGGUAACCCUAACCUAGGCAGUUUCCAUCAUUAAAGUAACAAGCAGUGCUUUUUUCUGGGGGUAUGCAGGGGUACGCAUACCCCUAACAUUUUGUGAAUUUAAGUUUGGCCUCAUUGAGGGGCAGUAUUUCAAUAUGAGUAGGG